AUGGGUGUGGCAAAUUUGUGGCCAAUAAUGGGCAGCUUGACGAACAGAGACCUUCUAGUGGUAGUUUUGUUGUUGUGUAGGACGAUAGUUUGUGACAGUCAGUGUCCAAAAUUUGCAGAGAAGCCAUUAGAAACGCGAGUUCAAGAUGCUACUAUAGUUUUUAGGGCGGUAGUCGUUCAAACACAUUAUCAGAGUAAAACACUAGACUUAGCUCUAGUGUCUAUAUAUAGAGGAGGAGUCGAAUUGGCAUCUAUCAGUCAAUAUGCGGGUUCACCAUACAAUACGACAGAUAGGCAAGUGAACCUUAAAAUCAGUCCACAACUCGGCGAUUGCUUCAACUGGAGUAUGACACCUUCGCAAAGUGAGCUAGUAGUCUUUGCAAGGAUCAGUGACCCUGCAGUAGACCUGGAAACAACGCCGCCUGAUGGCCCGUGGCUAGAGGCUACAGCAGCAGCCGUUCCCUGGAGCUUGGGAGUCGAUAUUGCUAUUUGGAAUGCUGUUGGUUGGGCGGGAUGGGGGGAAUGGGGAGCGUGCAGUAAAACCUGUGGAGGGGGGCAGCAAACCAGGAGGAGAUACUGCUCGAAGCCUACUUGCGAGGGGUACGGUGAACAAAAACGGGCAUGCAACUCCUUCAACUGUGCAGGCACAAUAAACCCGCUAGCGCCGGGAGCGAGGAGGAACUUUCACCCAGCGCAGGCGAGGUGGGGCCCCGUCUCAGACCGGCCGCAUGCCUUCAGUCUAAGACCUAACUCCUACAUCUGGAUUGCUUCUUCAGAACUAUUCAGCGCUGGGAAGUCCUUCCCGCGAGAAUUUACACUUUUUAUUUCACUGAGAUUGCGGCCAGAGAGUGGCGGAUACGGUCAAGGUACAUUAUUCUCCCUACGCUCGCGGCGACGAACCGGGUCCUUUUUGUCCCUGGAGCUGGCUGGUCGAGGAGCUGCUAGAUUAGUCCACGCUGGGUCAGGAAGCUCCCGGUCCAUUUACUUAGCUGUACCUUUGUAUGAUUUUCGUUGGCAUCGGAUUGCUAUCAGUGUUCAUGACGACAACACAGUUCGUGCGUACGUCGACUGUCGCUGGCUUCGCACCGAUGUCCUUGAAAAAGACGCUCUCGACACUCCCAGGGAUGCUGAUCUCAUUAUAGGCUAUCUCUUCUCUGGCGAUCUCGAGCAGCUGGUGCUUGUGCCAAAAGCGGGACAAGCGCAGAAGCAAUGUUCCAGCCAAGCGGUUGGCAUAUCUACUCCUUACGUCAACAUGCAUGAAACGUAA